GUUGUGUGCAGGUUGUGAGCGGCGUGUCCUCCAGGUCCUUGGUGCACGUUUAGGUGAGAAUAGUGUCAAAACAAGAAAACCUAGUAGUAGGACCCCAGGGGGCGUUAUAAUAAACCCUACAAAUAGUUACUCCACAAGGGGUAAGAACCUCGUGUUUCUGAGGUUACCUGUAUUCAAGUCGUGUUACUGAAGCUGAGGCCUUGGAGUUAGUGUUGUACUUGAAAACCUCGCAGAUGACAAAGCUUUUCUCUUGGUAACUGUCCACCUGAAACCCCGUCAUCACAAUGACAGAACAGCAAGGAGAGGGAUGGGGAGGCAUUAACCUGUCACCUCACCUGCACACGGAUGAGUGUAAUGAACUAAUAACCCUCCUGAAGCAAUGCCACACGGAGCACAAUUUCCUGAGGUUUUUUGGCACGUGUAAUGAUGUGGACCGUGCUAUGCGUCAGUGCCUGAAGAAAGAGAGGCUGGAAAAGCGGGAGCGCAGCAAGCAGCACGCACAAGAGAUGAAAAAGAGGCUGAAAGAAGGACCCAAGGAGAGUUUCUGAAGGACCACUUCCUGUAACUUUGAAACAUCUUCAAACACCGGGACAUUGAAUAAAAAUCAAGACUGCUUUCUGUGAAGACAGGAGGAGCUGCAACUAUGUCUCUAAAUUGAUUGUGUGGGUUUUUGUAGCAUUUGUUGAUCUAAGGAUCCUUGAUGCAGGUGCCCUUUACCCUUGCUUCUCCCCUCUUUUGCAGUGGUGGAGACUUGGCUGGGGUUUUUAUAUUUCAUUUUCUUUUGUUGGUUUCUCUUUUGGGCAGCCAAAGAAAAAGUUAACUGCUGUUUUUUUUUUUUUUUUUUUUUUUCUCUGUGUAGCAAUGAAGCACUGGUAAAAGAGGCAUCCAUUAUAAUUUGAUGUGAGCUGGACGUAUUCAAAUAUUCAUGAUGACUUGAGCAACAGAUUUAACGACGGGCGAGUCGACUUGCCUGAGCAGAGAUCUUGGCUCUCAGUGCCCUGACAGUUUCUAUCACUUAAGUUGCUGAGAAGUAAGGUAGCUUAAAUGUUGGGUUCAUGGAUCCGAAGUAACAACUCUGAUGAAGCGUAGCAUUCUGGGUCACAAUGUAGACUUUCUGCUGAGAUACUGAAAGCUGCCAUUUUAUCCAAAUAAGGUCAACAAAAAAUAACAUAAAACACACUGAAUGCAGGAAUUGUUUGAAGGUUUGUACAAAUUGGGAAUCAUAUUGAUUCGAGGCAGAUCAUUUUCAAAUAAAGUGAAAUUAUCACUUCA